AUGCCCGUUCCUGCCUUUCUGGGUGUGUUCGGCUACAAUCCAAUCAACUUCAUAUUCUGGCAACACGUCGAAGUUCAGCCUAUUCGUUGUGCUCUAUAUUCAAAAUGGGGUGCAUCCCAUACAAAGCGGGCAUACGCAGCUGGAGUUUAUCACCCCUUUCUCAUCCCUCAACAAACCAAGGUUUCUUUGGUUGAUAACAACCUUGUCUCCCUCGACAAAUUCCCAGUUAAGUCUCCCCUUGUUAUAUGCCUUCCUUUGAAAUACUUGCCCCAAGAGGAGUGCAUCCCUGGCUUGUGUUCUUUCCACUGUGAAGCCUUCUACCAAAUUGAGCACUUUGUCGUGCAGCGUCUCCUGAUCGACAUUCCCUGA